AUGGAAGAUGGAGGGGAGACGGGCGAGCUGAUUCCAUCUGACCCGGCCUUCUGGGACCACUUCUACGGGCCGGAGGGAGAAGCCAGCGGUGACGUGUUCGAGUGGUACCUCUCCUUCGAGCACGCUCGCCAGUGCUACGAGCGCUUCCUGUCGGCCGAUUCUAUGGUGCUGCAGGUGGGCUGCGGCACCUCCACCCUCGCCCACGACCUUAUCAACUGCAAUCUCGCACGCCACGUGGUGUCGAUCGACACCUGUGCGCCAGCCAUCGAACAGAUGCAGGCACUGAGCGCCUCGCAGCAGCGGCCCGCAACCAACAAGAAGCCCUCUCACGGCCGCGGGCGCGGCAAGCGAAAGGGCGGCGGCCAGAGCGCCGCCCCCGAGCCCGCCGGUGCCGCCGGGAUCCCUCUCACCAUCGACGGCUCCGUGGUGAUGCUGAAGCCCGAGGGCGCGUCGUACUACCUGAUGGAUGCGUGCGCGCUGGGCUUCCCCGCGGAGUCGUUCGACGCGGUGGUGGACAAGGGCACCCUCGACGCCAUGCUGAGCAUCGGCGACGAAGCCGACAGCUGCUGCUGGCAGAUGCUGGAGGAGAUCGCCCGGGUGCUCAAGCCCGACGGGCUCUACCUCGUCGUGUCCGGACCCAAGAUCAAGGGCGAGCCCGAUUGGAUGCUGGAGGUGUUCCACAAGUGCGGGCUGUGGGACAUGGACAACGCCAUCCACAGCCCCGUGCAGGUGCCCCUCAACACCGGCGGCGCCGGCGACGGCCGGGACGAUCAACCGGUCGACAGCGUUGGGCCGAACAAGAAGGAGUACUUCAUCACCUGUUCCUUCUGGACCCUCAAAAAGAAACCAUCUUCAUCUUGA